GCAUAAUGCGGAAGCGCUCUUGGCGUUGUUUGCUUCGUGAGGUAUCUGGCGCGGCUCACUUAAGAUUCUCCUACCUACUCCUUACGACUCUUGCAGCUUUUGUCUUUUCUCGCAUGGGAUACUUCUACCAGCUAAUAGUGCCUCAGGCAAAAAAUAAAAAAGUAGAAGUUCCCCUAAAGCCUAACCUGCGUUCCCUCCUUACCGCUCCAAAGUGACAGCCUUCCUGACUUCUAACCCAGUGGACUGGCUUUGUAUGUCUGUAUAUCACAUUAUGUUUGAGGAACCACUGGCCAACUUGCUAAAUGAGCAGCAUCGCACAGUGAAGGAGCUACUUGAACAGCCGAAGAUGAAGAAAUCUUCAGCCAAACAGCAGCAGGAGGUAGUAGACAGGGUUAAGCCCCAGAGUGAGAAAGUUCAUCAGACUCUGAUUCUAGACCCAGCACAGAGGAGGAGACUCCAGCAGCAGAUGCAACAGCAUGUUCAACUCUUGACGCAAAUUCACCUUCUCGCCACCUCCAACCCCAGUCUCAGUUCGGAGGCCAGUACCACCAAGAUACUUCUUAAAGAGCUGGGAACCUUUGCUCAAAACUCCAUCGCCGUUCAUCAUCAUUUCAACCCCAAGUUUCAGACCUUGUUCCAACCCUGUAACCUGAUGGGAGCUAUGCAGCUCAUUGAAGACUUCAACACACAUGUCAGCGUUGACUGGAGUCCUCGUAAAACUGUCAAGAAGACCGCCUAUGAAUUUCCCUGUUUGCCAAAGCAAGUAGCUUGGACCCUAGCCACAAGCAAGGUUUUCAUGUAUCCAGAGCUACUUCCAGUGUGUUCUCUGAAGGCAAAGAAUCCCCAGGAUAAGAGUUUCUUCACCAAGGCUGAGGACAAUUUGUUAGCUUUAGGGCUAAAGCACUUCGAAGGGACUGAGUUUCCUAAGCCUCUCAUCAGCAAGUACCUUCUCACUUGCAAGACUGCACACCAACUGACAACGAGAAUCAAGAACCUCAACACGAAAAGAGCUCCUGACAACAUCAUUAAAUUUUAUAAGAAGACCAAACAGCUGCCCGUGUUAAUGAAGUGCUGUGAAGAGAUCCAGCCACAUCAGUGGAAGCCACCUGUGGAAAGGGAAGAACACCGGCUUCCAUUCUGGUUAAAGGCCAGUCUGCCAUCCAUCCAAGAGGAGCUGCGGCUCAUAGCUGAUGGUGCCAGAGAGGUAGGAAAUGUGAUCAGAACCACGAAGAUCAGCUCAGACCCAGGUCUUAGAAAAGGCAGCUCAGAACUGGGGAGUGAAACUCGGUACCCACUGCUGCUGCCUAAGGGUGUAGUCCUGAAACUGGAGCCAGUUGCCAAUCGUUUUUCCAGGAAGGAAAAAGCGGUCAUCCAGAAGCGGUCAUCAGCCCUGAAGCCCCUCCUUAUCAGACCCAGCCCCUCUCUCCAAUCUAGCUCUGGCUCUGGGAAGACACCGGCUAGGUCAACUCAGUCAGAAGCCCCUCCGAGCAAAAUGGUGGUCCGGAUUCCUCGCAUGAUCCAGCCAGCCACUGUCUUACAGAAAGUGCCAGGUGGCCCUCCGCCGGGGGUCGCUGGGGGCGACAGUUUUGAGACUCCAGCAGCACUGCCUGCUACACCCCCUGAUACCAAGACCAGCUUCCCUCUGAUUGAGCCCCAGACCCUGGUCCCCUCUGCCCCUGUGCCCAAGGUAAUGCUGCCCUCACUUGGUCCUUCUAAGUUUCGAAAGCCCUGUGUGAAACGGAGGGGCUCAAAGAGAAAGGGGGCCAAGACCUCUCUCUGUCUGAAGCCUGCUCCCCUCCUCCACCCUGCACCUGUCAUCUUCACUGUCCCUGCCACCACUGUGAAGGUUGUGAGCCUUGGCAGUGGCUGCAACAUGAUCCAGCCUGUGAAUGCUGCUGUGGCCCAGAGUCCUCAGACCAUCCCCAUCACCACCCUCUUAGUUAACCCCACUUCCUUCCCCUGUCCGUUGAACCAGCCUCUUGUGGCCUCCUCUAUCCCACCCUUAAUUGUUUCUGGCAACUCUGUGAAUCUUCCUGUAUCAUCCACCCCUGAAGAGAAAGCCCAAGUGAAUGUGGACAUCAGUUGUCCUUUGGCUGAGGAGAAAAAUGUCUUUCAAGGCCUAGAACCCAAAUUAGAACCUCAGGAACUCUCUCCCCUCUGUGCUGCUGUCUUCCCCAAAGAGGAGCCCAGCCCAGGGCCUCCACCGGCCGACAGAGCGUGCCAGGAAGAAUUGUCGGACAGCAGUUCCUAUGGCUGGACUAUAGUGAAAACAGAGGAGGGGAGGCAGGCUAUGGAACCACUGCCUCAGGGCAUCCAAGACUCUCUAAACUCUUCCCCUGGGGAUUUAGAGGUAAUUGUCAAGAUGGAACCUGAAGAGUCUUGGGAGGAAAUCUCUGGUGGAUUCCCCAAGCAGGAAAUCAAAGAGGAACCUUGUGUGGAAUUGGGCACUGGCUUUCCACGUGAGGAGUCAGGCGGUGCUAGAGAGGUGAAGAUACAGACGGCCCUGCAGCAGGAGGAAGAGAGGAGUCAACCAGCUAAAGCCCCUUCAGCUUCUCAAGAGCCUGCUGAUGGAGGAAACUCGGGAGAAAUGAGCAAAGGGUCCCCAAAGAAUGCUUCAUCCUGUGCUGACCCUGACAUGGCGCUUAGCUGCCCCCCAGGGAAGCCCGAAGACUUGUCUAGCGCUGAUGGUCAGUCAGUGGGGACCCCGGCUGGGCCAGAAACUGGAGGAGAGAAGGAUGGGCCAGAGGAAGAGGAAGAAGAGGACUUUGACGACCUUACGCAAGAUGAGGAAGAUGAGGUAUCAUCAGCUUCUGAGGAAUCUGUGCUGUCUGUCCCGGAACUCCAGAGUGGGCACUCAAUUUACAAGAAAAACCCCUGAUACAUACAAUUUCCAAGGUUGUAAAUAAGUGCUAGUUCUUCCGGGGCAAUCUGCACGUUGGUCAACAUGUGAGAGAGAAAGCAAGAGAAGGAGGGACAGAGGAAGAGAACAGAACAUUACUUGCUUUGCCUGGAUGCUCCCCUGAGACAACUGAAUUGACAACUAAAAAAAGUCCUCAACUACUACACAACCAUAGUAGCUGACAGUACCACCUCUGGGCUAAGCUGUGUGGCCUCCAGCCCUCCAGCUGCAGUGCUCCUGAGAUUAAAACCCAUCACCAAGGGGGAAACACCCACUGCUCCCAAGCCACGCCCUUCCUUGGUGCUUCUGAUCUUCUCUGCUUAGAAGAAAGAAAACAUAGCUUUUGCCUGUCAUGCUCUUUUCUAAAUACCGUCCCUUGGUAUUCAGUGGACAAUGGAACGUGGCAUCACCUUCUUCUUCCGACACUACAUUCACUAUAUAUCUUACUUCAAAUAUUCCAAGGCAAGAAGACAUAUGUCCCAGCCUACAUAUAUGAUGGUACCAGAAAUCAGAGAAACCACAACAGAGAAACUCAGUUUUCCCACCGGACUUUUAUCCUCUCUUUUCAGUGUGGUCUUUCCCCAGAGAGCAUUGACUCCAUCCACUGCCACCAGGAGGUGAAAAAUACCCAAAGAACUUUGCCUCUUCAGCUCUUUGAGCACAAUCCCAACUGCAUCUGUGGCAUUCCUCACUCGCAUUAUGCCCUGUAGGGAAAGAGACAGUGGCUUGCAGACCUCAGGAGGCUGUCUCUGUUACAAUGUAGUACACGUUCGGUGUCUUAUUUUAAUACCUGUUCAACUACUUCUCCCAGAGGACUGCCUUUCUCAGUGCUUUCUCGCUUAUUCCAGACAUACUUCUCUUGAACUUUUAUCUAAAAACAAAAACCAAAAAAGGAUACUUAGCCUAAGGAUGAAACCAUUUCUAGCUAAGAAGGUAGGACGCUAAGGUUGUUAGCAGUCAGUUUUAAUCUAUUUUUCAAGCCUUGUACGAGACCUCAGCAGGAAAGUGAAUCCCUUCGAGCCCAUUUCUGCCUGAAGUUCAAAAAAAAAAAAAAAAAAAGGAAUUCUGACUAAAAAGUCCAGGAUGAAGCAGCCUUGUCAUCUGCAUUUUUAAGAAGCUUGUAAGUGAUGCUCAUUUAAAUCCAGAGUUGAAAACCCCUGGCUUAGAGAUUGUAUCCAAGAACCACUAGAGUAGAAGAUAAUUUUAAGAAUACAUUUCUGGUUCUGAAAAGGACCUAAUCUGGAGAAAACUAUGUAGCUGAAAAUGUGCUUUAAAGAAUUUUACGCUGUAACCUUGGAAAAGUCAGUGAAUCAAUCUGGACUUCACUAUGCUACUCACAAGAUGGGAACAGCUUACUGUUGCCUUUUUAUUUCAUAUGGAUAAAUGAGUUUUAGGGUAUGAACUUACUGUUAAUAAAAUAUAUGAAAAAAAAUGGUAUAGUUAUCCCAACUACAUUAUUCGUUCUCCAUAGUCUACUGGUACUCUGGACACAAAGGAGAUAAAAUCUUAAAGAUUAUCUUGCACCAAACUUCUGGGAAUCUAGUCACCUGGCUCAAGAAACGCUCAUUUGUAGUUUUGAAAUUCUUCAGCCAGACUGAAGCCUCUACAGGUUGAUCAAAGCGCUGUUUGUUGUAGGUGGACUGCAGAAGAUUGCGACAGUUUUUCACCCAAAGAUGAGCUAAAAAAAGGCAAAAGAAAACAAACUAGGCAAGAACUGUGUUCAAUUCAAAAUACUCUAUGCCUUUAAGUUAUGGGAGAUGACUUUAGUUUCCCAUAUAUAUUUCUGAAACCCUUCUUCCUUCAGAGGUUUACUUUUUCGUCUGGUCCAUCUUAGUUUUACAUAUACACACACACACACACACACACACACACACACACACACACAAUUUAUAUUUAUAUAUAUAUUUAUAUAUAUAUUUAUGAGGGGUGGUAAUUGGGUUUGUUCAUUUAUUUCUAUUUGGAGGAGGUACUCGGGAUUGAAACUGGGACCUCAUGCAUGUCAAGCAUGUGCUCUAUUACUUGAGCUAUAUCCUCCCCCCAUCUUAGAUUAAAUAUUAUCAUUACAACCAA